AUGCGUUUCCUUGCCACCCUUUUGGCCCUUGUCGGACUGGGAAUCGCCACUCCUGCCAACCUCGUCGAGAGAUCCGCGCCAGCUCAGGUCAAGAAUAUCGACUUCAAAGAAAUGAGAUUGCGAAUGCACCUGAAGCAUCCGACUCACCUAAUCCAUCAGUCUUUCGACUUGAAUGAUGUGAAGGGGAUGUUGGUGUCCCGCGCUGGCACAGCAGAUACAAUCUACCUCCGUAACCUGAACACCUUCAUCCCGAUGACCAGCUUUCGAAACGGACCGACCUCGGACGGGGAGACCACUGCAGAGAAUCAUUGCUUUAUGUGGGACGAGUGGGAGCUUCGCGAUGUCAAGUCAUACUGGAGUCCGUAUACGGCAGCUUCCAAGAUGCAGCAUGUUGGGCUCGUCGGCGAUCCCGAGACUGUGGCGAUCCCCUGGGAGGAGAAAGUAUCUGUCAAGAGGAGGAUCAGUCUUACUCCUGACUGGAGGCCCAUUAAACAUGUGUUGAGCAUUGCACUGGGUGUGAAUACGACGGACGAAUGGACCCAUAGCGGAACCUUUCAAUGCACGACUGCUCCCAAUAAGAGAAUUCGUCUUUGGUUCCAGAAAAGUUGCGGCGGUGAAAGACCGGUAUGCGAGCAAACGUGGACGCCACAGGGUCAGAUUAUCAUUCCCUCCGAUGGGUAA